UCUAAGGCCCAGUGGGCUGUGAGAAGCGCCGUGAAUCGCAUCAGCCGGGGCAAUAACUAAAGCAAAAACCAUGUUGAUCGCACUGCUGGGCACUCCGCUCUUGGUCCUGGCGGUGUGGCUGCUGCUGCAAAGACUCAAUCGAACCUACUUUAUUCUCGCGCUGACCAGGCGAGUGCGCACCGAGGAUGGCAGUCCGCUGGAGAGCAAAGUGGCCGUCAUGCCGGGCACAUCGAUUUUCGGCAACAAUUUGGACAUACUCAACCCUACACCAUCCAGUUUGUUCAAUUUUUUGCGAGAUUCGGCUGCCAAAGCGCAGGGCAGAAACUUUUUGUGGUACUUUCUGUUUGCUCCCAUGUACAAUGUCAUUAGAGCCGAGGAGGCCGAAGAGAUAUUCCAAAGCACCAAACUGAUUACAAAGAAUGUGAUCUACGAACUGUUGAGACCCUUUCUGGGCGAUGGUCUGCUGAUUAGCACAGAUCAGAAAUGGCACGCCAGACGCAAAGCUCUGACUCCUGCCUUUCAUUUCAAUGUUUUGCAGUCCUUUUUGGCCACUUUUAAAGAGGAAUGCAAUAAGCUGAUCAAAGUGCUGGACAAAAAGUUGGAUGGGGAACUGGAUCUUAACCAGGUCAUUCCACAAUUUACAUUGAAUAAUAUUUGCGAGACCGCUCUGGGCGUCAAGCUGGACGACAUGUCGGAGGGCAAUCAAUAUCGCAGAGCCAUCCAUGCCAUCGAGGAAGUUCUCAUACAACGCGUCUGCAAUCCGCUCAUGUAUUACAAUUGGUACUUCUACCUGGUCGGCGACUAUCGAAAGCAGGUGCAGAAUCUGCGCAUAGUCCAUGACUUCUCCAGUCGCAUCAUCGAGCGCAAGCGACAGCAGUUUAAGCGCAAACAGCUCGGAGUUGUGGAUGAUUUUGGCAAGAAGCAACGCUACGCCAUGCUGGACACGCUACUGGCGGCUGAAGCGGAUGGGCAGAUCGAUCAUCGGGGCAUAUGCGAUGAGGUGAACACCUUCAUGUUCGAGGGAUACGACACCACCUCCACGUGCCUCAUCUUCACUCUGCUGAUGUUGGCACUCCACGAAGAUGUUCAAGAGAAAUGUCUGGAAGAGGUGUCAGGGCUUUCCGAAGACACGGACUCCAUCAGUGUGUUUGAGUUCAAUGAACUAAUGUACCUAGAGUGUGCCAUCAAGGAAUCGCUGCGCAUGUUUCCCUCGGUUCCCUUCAUUGGUCGUCAGUGCAUGGAGGAGUGUGUCGUGAAUGGACUGGUCAUGCCGAAGGAUACACAAAUCAGCAUUCACAUCUAUGAAAUUAUGAGAGAUCCACGGCACUUUCCCAACCCAAAUGAGUACCAGCCGGAACGAUUCCUGCCCGAGAACACAGUGGACCGCCAUCCCUUUGCCUUUGUGCCCUUCAGUGCGGGACAAAGGAACUGCAUUGGCCAGAAGUUUGCCAUUCUGGAGAUCAAAGUACUGCUGGCUGCAGUCUUAAGAAACUUUAGGAUACUUCCCGUCACACGAUUGGAGGAUCUAAUAUUUGAGAAUGGCAUCGUGAUGAGAACACAGCAGAAUGUGAAGGUUAAGUUGGUGCGAAGGUAGAAGGCGGGAAUUAUAAACGAAAAACUUCAUUGCCAAAGAUGUACCAAAAAUUACGUGAAACUUAAUUUAUUCUGUUAAUAAAAGUGUAUUAUGAAUUGUA